AUGAUAAAUAAAAUCUUAAUUAAAUUAAUAACAAUAAUAAUAUUUUGUUUUAGCUUUUUAUUUGCAGAAGAAGAUUUAAUUAGAACCCCUCCUGGAUAUUAUAAUUUAACACGUCACAAAAGGUAUCCACAUAUUACAGAAUAUCAAUCAUCUCAAGAUACAGAUUUAUAUUACCCUGAUGUUUGCAGAAAUGCACUUAGAAAUGAUAUUAUUCCUGGGGUUGAUGAGUUUUUCCCUUUUCUUUUUCCAGGUUUCAACUCAGAUGGGCCUAAUAGUAUUUACAUCCAAAAAAAUUCAUCAUUAUUAUUCAAGUCAGAAUCUCUUGGUACAACCUACAAUUUCGUUGCUGUGUGCGUUGAGGGGAGCUUUACUGUCAAAGGUAGUAUGUUUUUUACUAUUAAUUCUUUAAUUAUUCUUCCUGGCGGAAGAUUUGAAAGUGAAGCAGGAAUAGAGUUUUAUGACGAAAAUGAUCCCCUACACAUUUAUAAUAAUCCAGAUUUCCCAAAGGAUCCUUUUGGGUUCUUUCCAGGUAUUCUUGUAUUGGGUGGUACAAUUUCAGUAGUUGCGAAAGAAUCAUUAGUAUAUAGAGCAGACCGUAUUAGUAAUUCAUCGAUAGAGAUAAGUCCACCAUUUUCACCAAUGAAUAAAAUUAAUCAGACUAUUAGAAUAUUUACAGAAUUAUAUCCUCUAGGAUUUUAUUGUAGUUUUAGUUCAGAUUUAGAAAGAAAGAUUCUUUCAUUAUUAGAUUGCCUACCAAUAUCAGAGAAUGACAAAAUCAUCAGAGUAUUAAUUGAAGUUGACAGAGAUCAGAAUGUCUCUCCAACAAAUAUCUUAAAGAAGGGGAAAACAACCAAAGGGUCAAUUUAUAUAACAGGUGAUUCAAAUGUAUAUUUUAAAAAUAUGUUUUUUAAAAAUCUAGGUUUCACCACAAAUGAACCCUAUAAUGAUACAAAGUUAAUAUUCUCUCCAAAUGAUCCGAAUCAAGUUACUGAUAUAAUAAUGGGAACAAACCAAAGAUUCAGAAGCUCGUUGUAUAUUGAAUUCUCAAAAAAUGUUACAAUAGAUGGUUGUGCAUUUUUUGAAGACAAUCUGACAAGAUCACCAUUGGUUUUAUUUGAUUCAAAUGUAAUAAUAUCAAACAGUUUAAUUUCGAGUAAAUCAGGUUCAAAUAUAAUCGCUCAAUAUGGUACAGAGUCAAUUCAAUCUUCAAACAAUUCUUAUAUACUUGUAAAAAUCGAUACGGCUUCGUUGGAUGUUGAUCAAAAUAAUAAUAAUAAUAACAAUAAUAAUAAUAAUAAUAAUAAUAAUAAUAAUAAUAAUAAUAAUAAUAAUAAUAAUAAUAAUAAUAAUAAUAAUAAUAAUAAUAAUAAUAAUAAUAAUAUGGAUUAUGGUAAUCAAGGUAAUGGUAUUUAUUCAAUUUCACCAAAUAUAAACUCAAAUGGUGAUUCUUUCUUUGGUCAACAAUACGCAUUCAACUAUUAUUUUAUUUCAAAGAACUCUGUAAAUUCUAAUCAAGAUAAUAGUUCAUUAUUAAAUUCAAAACCAAUUGAACUUAUUAUUAUAGAUUCAUCGUUCAAUCCAACAAAUUCCAAUGGUUCUUUAAAUAAAUAUCUUUUAAAUAUCAAUAGUGAUGGUAAUAAAACAAUAAGUACCUAUUUGGUAUGUAAUUCCAUUAUUGAGUAUUAUUCAGGAUGGUUAAUGGAUAAUUUAAAUUCAAACCAACAAAUUUCAUUUGAAGGUAAUUUAUUUCAAAAUGGAUGUAAUAAAGUUGAUGGCAAUUGCACAAUAUCACAGAAUUCAAAAUAUUCAACAGACUUACCAAAAGUGGCCAAUCAGACCAAAUUCGAUGAAAUUGUUCAACUUGACAAGUUAUUUUCAAAUGGUAUAACAUCAAUUAAUCCAAAUGAAAAAGUGAUAAUUUCAACAAAAAUCAAUAGUAAAAUACAUUAUUAUCAAAUUCAAUUAUUUUUUACACAUCUACCAAUUGAUGAUCAACCAACACCAUUAUCAAUUUAUAUUGAAAAUCAACCAGUAUUCCUAUUGGAGCCAAUUAAAAGUACUUUCCCAACUUUCAAUAACUUUACAUUCAAAUUUGAAAAUAAAAACUCUUUGGAUAAGAUAAAUAUUGCAUUCACAACAAGAGGCGAUAUUUAUUUAACAUCGAUGGCAACCUAUUCAUCCAUUGUAGUUGAACCACCAACUGAAACACCAACUGAAACACCAACUGAAACACCAACUGAAACACCAACUGAUACACCAACUCAAACACCAACUCAAACACCAAUUUUAACUUCAAAGCCAAUUACACAAAUAUCAGUUGAUAGAAAUGAAAAUUUAGAAUUAAAAAUUGCUUUACCAAUUUGUCUAUCUUUAGCUUUAUUAAUUGGAAUAAUAAUUAUGAUCUGCAUUUUUAAGAAAGUUCAAUCAAAUUCAAAACUAAAGAAAGAUGAUGACGAAAAUGAGAUGGCCACUAUAAAAGAAGGAAAUAAAUCUAUUAUAGUCUCACAACCACCUACAGUUAUUGAAGAGAAACCACAAGACAAUUCAAAACCAGAUGAUCAGAAAUUAAUUGAAAGAGAUCAACAAAUUAAUAAUCCAAUUUUGAAGAUUAGGGAGUACCCAUCAUUAAAGGACAUUGAGUUAUCAAAUGAAGAAACUAAAUCUCCUCAAUAUGGAUCACUAAAUUCUUUUUCAACACUUCAAUUCUCAAGACAAUAUGAUUAUGGAAGUGAAGAAUUCCCAUUUCAAUUCAAUAAACAGGUACUGGAAUUCAAUCUAAACGGUAGAAAGUGUAUGAAUGAUGAAGUCAUCAAUGAUUCUUUAAUGAUCCAUAACAAAUCAGAAAUUACAUAUUUAGUGAAUAUUAUUUUCCCACAAAACAUUGAAACCGGUUGUGUGAGUAUUUUAAAUGUCGAAAUUUUCAAUGAAUCAUUUGAAUUACUACCACAUUGCACCACUGAAGUAAAAUUCUCUCUAACACUAACAUGUACAACUAAAUUCUUAGAAAAUUUUGCAGUUUUAGUUGAGGCACAAGGUUCUAAAUGUCACACAUUCCUUUCUGUUCAUGUAGAAUCAGAGACUUCUCUAAAACUUGAUUAUAAAGAAAUUAAAACCGAACAACUUAUCGCAUCAUACCUCCCAUCAAAAGUUUACGUAUUUAAAGGAUAUUACAGAGAUUUAGCAGUUGCAGUUAAAAAGUUCGCAAUCAGUGAUAAUUCAAAAAGCUUUGAAAAAAUCAAAAAUGAAGUACAAAUUCUAUCAAAGGUGAACAAUAUUAAUGUGGUCAGAUAUAUUGGUAGUGCUCAAAAUAUUUCUCACGUUUGUAUUGUUACAGAGUAUGCAAAAGAAGGUUCACUUGGUUCAUUGAUUCAUGAUUCAAAAAUCAAAUUAUCAUUCAUUCAAAAAGUCAAGUUUAUGUUAGAUGCUGCAAAAGGUUUUACUUUCUUACAUGCAAGCGAAAUAGUCCAUGGUGAUAUAAAACCAGAUAAUUUAUUGGUUUUUUCAAAAGAAAUAAGUGGGGUUUGUGUUAAAAUUUGUGAUUUUGGUAACAGCGAAGAAUUGGGUGAAAAGGAAUCCAAAUCAAAGCCAGAUUCAACUAUGAAUUAUUUACCAAAUGAAGUUUUUGACGGCGAAGGAUAUCAAAAAUCAGCAGAUGUGUAUGCCUUUGGAGUUUCAUUAUAUGAGGUAAUGGUCGAGAAAAUACCAUUCCAUGAAAUAUGUUAUAAUGAUAUACCAAAUCGUGUACAGGAUGGAUUUAGACCAACUGCUGAUUUGGAUACAAUAGAUGAUGAUAUUAGAAAAAUAAUUGAAUGUUGUUGGAUAAAAGAAAAAUCAAAAAGACCUUCAUUUUCUGAAAUUUCUCUCCAUCUAGAAAUUAAAUUUUCAAAACUAUUGCAUCAAAUGAAUGAAUCAGAAGAAUCUACUUCAAAUCAUAAUACCAAUUCAAAAACUAAAGAAGAUAAGGAUUUAGAUGAAAAUUAA